AUUGUGACCUGAGCUGAAGUCUGACGUUCAACCAACUGAGCCACCCAGGCGCCCCUGUUGGGUGCUAUUUUAGAUUGUAGUUCAGAAGGGGCAUCUGCUGUGUCUACCCUCCGGAAGCAGGGUUUCAGUCAGCAGGUGUUGGGUGCGUGCCUGCCGGGCAGCAGCGUGCGGUGGACGGCAGUGAGCCAGGGGACAGACAUGUCGCCAUGCCCCGGCAGGACGGAUGUGAGCGAGGGGACGCGUGUCCCCCCUCCAGCAGGACGGAUGUGUAGGCUACAAUGCACGCUGUGGACAUUGUGGAUCAGUCAGGGUGAAGCAUCACAGGUGGGGGUGGCACGCUCUUUAGAACAGUCGGGAAGGGCUUCUGUGGAGAAGCGCCAUUGAAGCCGAAGCCUCAAGCGUGGGAAGGGCCGGUGGAAGACCAUUCUGGUCUCCGGGAGCGGAACAUGCCGAGGCCUCGGAUUGGGCCAGGGAGCAAUGUUUGUGGAGCCGGAGGGGCCCGGGGUGACCGUGGAGAGGUGCAGGUGUAAAAUGAGAUUGCAAAGGAGGCCCUGAGCCAGCUUGGGGGCGGGGGCCGGAGGGACCACAUGCUGUCGCCCGAGUUAUUCUAGGCAUAACAGAAAGCCAUUGAAGUGCUUCAUGCAGGACAUUAGCAACCUGAGCAACCUCUCGGAGCUCACCCUGGUUCUGUGUGGAGACUUCAUCGGAGAUGGGCAGGAGGGGGACGGUGAGGAGCAGGCGUGGAGGCUGGCCCCUGGUGGUGGCCGUCAGCAGGGAGCCGUAAUUCGGAGAUAGGAAGCACGGGGCUGGACGGUGGAUUGGGUAGAGGGGCAAGGGGAAGAAAGGAAUAGAUUUCGGUGCUUCUGGCUACGGCAGUGAGGCAGCGGCGGUGGGCGCACCGCGGGGAGCCUGGGCUUGCAGUCUAGACUUCCGUUCUGUUGAGUUGGAGGUGCUUGUUAGGUCGCCAAGUGGGAGUCACAGUGAGGAGGGACAUAUACAGGUCUCAGCCAGAAACAAAAAUUCAGUCAUUACCUACAGGUGACACCGAGACCUCUGACAUCGGGUGUUUACGUAGGGACAUUGUGUGUUCACGUGACAUUAAAAAAUCCUUACCAAGUCUCUGCUGUGGCCAGCACCUUUCUCGGUCUGAGGAGACAGCUGUGAACAGGGAAAGGCUCUACUCUCGGGGCUCCCGUUCCUGGGGUGGGAGGCUGACAUUAAAUGUGUUCUAGAAUGUUCGUAGUAAUAAAUCGGACUAGAUUUGGACUAGAGCAUAUGGGCCAGAGAGGAGGGAGCGGGGGACACGGCCGUGUGCUGUGGAUACGCAGCAGGGGUGGUGGGGACCGGGGCAGACUCCUGAAGGAAGGGCAGGAGGACUCACGAGAGGACCUCGGCGAGAAGCAGGAGCAGUGCACGCGCCAGGCACCCGAGGCUUUGGGGAGCAGCAAGGCCAGCACUGGGAAAUUUGGAGCUUGUUUUAUACCAGGGCUCUGUAAGCAAAGUGAUCUGACUUUGUAUGCGUCACGGCCUGGGCUCCGGCUCUGGAAGGCGGACAUCCAUGGGACUGUUCAAGCCACGUUUAUCUUAAAAGAUGUCUUUGCCGGAGGAGUCAAGCCUUUCGAACUGUACCCGCGUCUGGAAUCCUCCAACAGGGGAAGUUGCAGCUUACCUGAGAAGCACCUGGGGCUCGUUUCAUGUUUCUUCCAAGAAGGCUGGGUGUUGAGUUGGAAUGAAUAUAGCAUUUACCUUCUAGACACCGUCAACCAGGCUACAAUUGCCGGUUUAGAAGGAUCUGGUGAUAUCGUGUCUGUUUCCUGCACAGAAAAUGAAAUAUUUUUCUUAAAGGGAGAUAGGAACAUUAUAAGAAUUUCAAGCAGACCUGAAGGACUGGCAUCAAUAGCGCGAGACAGCCUGGAGACGUCCGGGUGCGCAGAGCAGGUGUCUGGGCAGCGCGCGGAGAAGCCGUCGGGGGCCACAGUUUCUGAGACGAGGCUCAGGGGCUCUUCCGUGGCCAGCUCCGUGGCCAGCGAGCCACGGAGCAGGAGCAGUUCUCUCAACUCCACCGACAGUGGCUCCGGGCUCCAGGCGGUGCCAGAGCCGGGGAGGGGUGGCCAGCCUGCCUCACAGAGAUUCAGCGUGAUCAGCUCAGAAGAGUUUGAGCAGGAGCUCGUGGUGAAGCCGCUGAAAGUGAGAAAGAAGAGGAAGAAGAAGUCAGAAGGUGGAAGCCGGAGUGCCUGCCACAGUUCCCUUGAGUCAACUCCCUGCUGUGAGUUUCCGGGUGACAGUCCCCAGUCCUUGAGCACAGACCUGCUGUCCAUGACCUCAAGUUUGGGCAGCAUUGUGGAUCGCUCGAGCACAGAGUCUCCUGACCGGGAGAGUAACCUCAGCGGAGAGGUGAAUGGCGUCCUGCAGGAGAAUAAUGACCCCGAAGCGUUCAGUGUCCUGGAGGUGCCUGAGCCUGCCCCUGACGUACCGAAUGAAGGGCGUGACAGUAGACCUGAAAGCCCACGAUGGAACCAUGCAGGCGAGACAGAGCCACACAGGGGAGUGUGGACUUCACUCUUGGAGCUGAGAGAGGCUGUGGAAGGCAGUGAUGUUACCGACCUCAGAGAGGAGCCUUGCCCCGCAGACGAGGGACUGAAUAGCAGACAGUCACCCUGGCGAGAACAGGCCCGGGAAGCAGGGGACAUGGAGCCCGAUGACCCCCCAAGCACUUUUUCUGAAGCCCCCUUCCUAGACUCACCCCCGGUGCCUUCAAGCCUCAGCUGGGCCCCCCACGCGGAGCAGCGGCUGCCGGGGACCAGAGCUGGCGAGGGCGGUGCCGAGGGGCCCGGAAAGGGGCAGGGCUUCCUAACGCACGUGGAGGCCCCCGGCCACCUCGGCUCAUCUCCCUGGCAUGCUGUCACUGACAGUGACACAGGCCUAAAGGAAAUGGCGGCCUCGGAACGUGACCUGGGGAGUGCGGGAGGACGGCGGACUCCCCCGGUCUCUGCCCUGGCGACUCGCACCCGUGAGCCGCGGCUGGAGCAGCCCUCCCGGGACCAGGUGUUAACGUCCAGCGACGAGGAGGACAUCUAUGCCCAAGGGUUGCCUUCGUCUUCUUCGGAGACGAGCGUGACUGAGCUCGGGGGUAGUCGCUCCCUGCAGGACCUGAGCCAGCCCGGCACAGAAGACACCGGGCUGCUAAAGUCAGAUCAGUUUGCAGAGAGCUGGAUGGGGUACUCUGGCCCCGGCUACGGCAUACUCAGCCUGGCGGUCUCCGAGAAGUACAUCUGGUGCCUGGACUACAAAGGCGGCCUGUUCUGCAGCGCGCUGCCGGGCGCCGGGCUACGCUGGCAGAAGUUCGAAGACGCCGUCCAGCAGGUGGCAGUCUCACCCUCAGGCGCCCUCCUCUGGAAGAUUGAACAGAAAUCUAACCGAGCUUUUGCUUGUGGAAAAGUGACCAUCAAGGGAAAGCGGCACUGGUACGAAGCGCUGCCCCAGGCCGUUUUUGUGGCCCUGAGCGAUGACACGGCCUGGAUCAUCAGGACGAACGGAGACCUAUACCUGCAGACAGGUCUCAGUGUGGAUCGCCCCUGUGCCAGAGCCGUGAAGGUCGACUGUCCAUACCCACUGUCCCAGAUCACAGCCCGAAACAGCGUGGUGUGGGCGCUGACAGAGCAGAGGGCCCUCCUGUAUCGGGAGGGCGUGAGCAGCUUCUGUCCUGAAGGGGAGCAGUGGAAAUGUGACAUCGUCAGUGAAAGGCAGGCUUUGGAACCUGUCUGUAUAACCCUCGGGGACCAGCAGACUCUGUGGGCCCUGGACAUCCGAGGAAACCUGUGGUUCAGGACCGGCAUCGUUUCCAAGAAGCCUCAGGGAGAUGACGACCAUUGGUGGCAAGUGAGCAUCACAGACUACGUGGUGUUCGACCAGUGCAGCUUAUUCCAGACCAUAAUCCAUGCCACGCACUCGGUGGCCACCGCAGCCCAGGUGCCCGUCGAAAAGGUGGCGGAUAAACUGCGCAUGGCCUUUUGGUCUCAGCAGCUUCAGUGCCAGCCAAGCCUUCUCGGGGUCAACAACAGUGGCGUCUGGAUCUCCUCAGGCAAGAACGAAUUCCAUGUCGCUAAAGGAAAUCUCAUCGGCACUUACUGGAAUAAUGUUGUUCCCCGAGGGACAGCUUCUGCAACAAAAUGGGCCUUUGUGCUGGCUUCCACUGCUCCCACAAAGGAAGGAAGCUCCUUGUGGCUGUGCCAGAGCAGCAAGGACCUGUGCAGCGUCAGCGCCCAGAACGCUCAGUCCCGCCCCUCCACGGUGCAGCUGCCUCCCGACGCCGAGAUGAGGGCUUACGCCGCCUGCCAGGACGCCCUGUGGGCCCUGGACAGCCUCGGCCAGGUGUUCAUCCGGACGCUGUCCAAGAGCUGCCCCACAGGCAUGCACUGGACGAGGCUGGACCUUUCCCAGCUAGGACCUAUAAAACUGACAAGCCUGGCGUGUGGAAAUCAGCACAUCUGGGCCUGUGAUUCCAGGGGCGGAGUUUACUUCCGAGUAGGAACCCAGCCUCUCAAUCCCAGUCUCAUGCUUCCGGCCUGGAUAAUGAUUGAGCCGCCUGUCCAGCCUGCUGGGGUCACGCUGGUGAGCCUGCACUCCAGCCCCAACGACCAGAUGCUGUGGGCACUCGACAGCAGGUGGAACGUCCACGUCCGGGCGGGGAUCACCGAAGAGAUGCCGGUGGGGACCGACUGGGAGCACGUGCCAGGGCUGCAAGCCUGCCAGCUGGCCCUGAGCACCAGGACCGUGUGGGCCCGCUGCCCCAACGGCGAUCUCGCCCGGCGGUACGGCGUCACCGACAAAAACCCUGCCGGAGACUACUGGAAGAAGAUUCCCGGAAACGUGACGUGUUUCACAGUGACCUCGGCAGACGAGCUGUGGGCAGUGGGCCCCCCAGGCUACCUCCUCCAGCGGCUGACCAAGACCUUCAGCCACUCUCACGGCGCCCACGGCGGCCACGCCCCCACCCCCCACCCCGAGGACCUGGAGGACGAGUGGGAGGUCAUCUGAAGGAGCGGGGACAGGGCCGCUCAGGAGGGAGGAAGCCGGCACGCGCAGCGGACGCGGUGCGGUGGUGGCGCUCGCUCUCGGCCGCGCCUCACCAGCUCUCGGCCAGCCAGGUGGGGCCGGGUCGGACGGCCCACGCUUGCUCUCGUCCGUGUUUGUUUCCGUCUUGUUCCAGAACCCACGGCCUCAGCCGAGCGGCCCGGAGCCGUGGCCAGAGCGGCAGCGCCUCUGAGCUCUUGCUCUGUCCUCCUCCGGCCGCUCCGGGCCCAGUGCGGGGACGGCCGCGUGGGUAACCCCCGGCGAAGCGGAGCCGGAGGUCGGCACUCUCUGACCGCGGGGGGGUGGCCUGGCGACCGCUUCGUUGCCACCACGGGGACGCGGGCUCCGGCACACGCUCCGCGCCGGACGCCCCGCUCGGGCAACGGGGGCCGCGUCUGAGAGGCGGGGUGCUGGGCUGUGCCCGGAUGCGGCACGCGCACGCACGCACGCACGCACGCACGCACACGCCGCCCACGCCCUCCCGGCCGCCUGCUGGAGAACACGCUUCAGCCCAAACAGUAAAGGCCGGUGGACGAGACGGGGUGGGAGAGGUGCGCGUGUUUCCAAGGCAGCGGAGGCCCAGGUAGGGGCGGCCGGACGUGGGGGAGCCCAGCCACGUUAGUAACCGAGAAAAGUCUCUAGACUAGUAUUUAACUAAUGCUGCUGGCGGGUAUCGUAAAGACCAGAAGCAUCCUCACGGGAUGAGUCUACUAAUUAUUGCCUUUUUCGUUCGUUGUAUUACAAACCUGCAUAAGAUACCUCAUUUGAGAUCAACUCUGACAAAUUUAGAGGAGAAACGUCUUUCCUGAAACCACUGGAAGGGCCCUUCGUUCCUUUGCGUGGUUUGCCUGAGCCCGCGCUGUCCCCGGCUGCAGCGUCACAGAGAGCGGGCGUCCCCCUCCGCGUGUCCUCAACGCGCAGGGCCGUCACGGGACCCGCCGGCUGGCCCCGAGAGGCGGGCAUCGGGUUGAUUACCCCGGAAGGUUCAAACUGGGCCCACCGUGGCCGCGCCGGCCGUCGGUCCGUGGGCUCCGCCUACAGGGCCCCCCUCUGCUCGCCGGCCGCUGGGCCACGGGGCUUGGGGCCCGGCCGGCCCCCCCCCCCCGGGCCCCCCCCCCCCCCCCCAGACCCAGCUCGGGAGCGGGCCUCCAGCCUCGCUGCUGUUUUUAGCUUGCCUUUGGCCCAGGGCCCAGUUACUCGAUGCCUGUUUUCUACUAAGCAAGUGUGUCCGGGAGCCCCAGGCCACAGGUGAAGAGCGAUAAAAUACGUUCCCUGACAGGACCAGCCAGCCGCGAAGAUGGAGGCGUUCCAGGUCUAAACGAGGGCAGGAUGCUGAAAUCCCAGAUCCCACUUCACUUUUAUAGAACCCUUAUUUUAAACGGAAAGGUUGGGGGACGGCAGAGGCCGGCCCAGGCUGGCUGCGGCUCCUGUGUGUCUGUCGUGCCUUGUCCGGCUCCUCUCAGAUGGCAGAGCUCUCCUAAGCCCACGGGACUUUAGUGCAAUUAAACCCGAGUCUAGUUUGAUACUUUGAAACUACUUUUAGCUUCAGUGCUUUGUACGGUUUUCCUUUCCGGUUUAAAUUUUAGUUGUGCUUUGAGACAGUGCAAUAAACUAGACUUUUUCCAAA